UCAGUGUUUUUGGUUUACGGUAGAGUAUGGCAUGUGCCGGCAAGAUGGUGAACUGAAGGCGUACGGAGCCGGAUUACUUUCUUCGUUCGGUGAACUUGAAUAUUGCUUGACCGACAAGCCAGAAUUGCGGCCUUUUGAGCCAGCGGAAACGGCGUUGCAAAAAUAUCCGAUAACUGAGUAUCAGCCUGUUUACUACGUUGCUGAAAACUUCGAAGACGCGAAACAGAAAAUGAUGUAAGCGUACUGAUGAAAACAGUGAAUUUCUCAAAUAAUUAUAAAAAGAUGGUAAACUCCCUUCAAUUAUCAUAGCUGUUUGAACGACUCUGGUCUUAUGCGGAUUUCAUAAUCGAUAAAUUUUUAGGAAAAGUGAUAUUUACAGAGGAAUAACGUUUAUAAAAUUGUUCGAAUUUUUUUAAGUCAGAAAAAUUUUGCUCGAA